AUGUCAAAUUGCAGGUACUUAAUUAAUUCAUGCAUUCACCAGACCUAUGACAUUCUUGAUUUUAGAACAACACAGUCCAGCAAGACCAGAAGCUAUUAUGUAAGAUGUCAAAAUAGUUUUGAUCAGACCUUAGAUGGAGAGAAUGGUGGCAAUAGGAAGCUUAAAAUCCUCAUUGCAGGUGGGGGUAUUGGGAGGCUAGUUUUGGCACUAGCAGCGAAACAUGAAGGAUUUGAAGUACAGGUCUUUGAGAAGGACUUGAGUGCAGUGAGAGGGGAGGGACAACACCGUGGACCGAUUCAGCUUGUGAGUAGCGCUUUGGAGGUCCUGGAAGCCAUUGACGAGAAUGUUGCAAAACAAAUCAAGGAAGCAGGUUGUGUUACUGGCAAUAGGACCACUGGCUAUGCCGACGGUCUCUCAGGUGAAUGGAUUAUCAAGUUUGAUCUUUCAUCUCCAGCUGUAAGUAGGGGGCUUCCUCUCACUCUAGUAAUAUGCAGGAUGGCACUGCAAGAUAUCUUACUCAAUGCUGUUGGGUUGGACAUUGUGAGAAACAAAUCUAAAGUGGUGGACUUCCUUGAAGACCCUAGCAAGGUCACUGUGAUCCUUGAAGAUGGCCAGCAAUAUGAUGGUGAGGUUUUAGUAGGAGCUGAUGGAAUAUGGUCAAAGGUGCGCGCAAAAUUAUUUGGGGAACGGGAAGCAAAAUAUUCAACUUACACAUCCUACAGUGGAGUGACAAACUUUGUGCCACCAUAUAUUGAUAGUGUUGCGUACCGGAUCUUCUUGGGAUUGAACCAGUGCUUUGUUGCAACGGAUGUUGGGAAUGGAAAGAUACAAUGGUUUGCCAACCAUAAAGAGCAGCCCAUGAGCAAUGAUCCUCCUGAAGGUAAAAAGAAGAGGCUCCUCGAGAAAUUUGGUAACUGGUGUCCUGAAGUGGUUACACUAAUUCAAAAAACACCAGAGUCCAUGAUUUUACGGAGAGAUAUCUAUGAUAGAGACAUGAUUUACACCUGGGGAGCCGGGCGUGUUACUCUGCUGGGUGAUGCUGCUCAUCCAAUGCAGCCGAAUCUUGGCCAAGGGGGUUGCAUGGCAAUUGAGGAUUGUUACCAACUUAUACAUGAGCUUGUUCAAGCUUCCGAAAGUGACUCAAAUGUUCAAAUAUCGGAAGAAAUUGUCUUGGCACUAAGAAGAUAUGCAAACAAAAGAUUGUGGCGUGUUGGCUUAGUGUUUGCAGCCAGCCGAUUUGCUUCAAAAAUGCUUGCCAGUUACAAACCUUACAUAGAGUUUAAAAUUGGUCCUCUGGCUCAUCUAUUAACUCAGCAGAUAACGCACCCUGCAAUUCCUGUAUUUCGUGCAUUUCUGCAAAUUUGUUUGCCAAAAUUUAUGGCUUGGAUCACAGCAGGGCAUGGGUAAAGGAACAAGAAAAAAUAAAAUCAAUGCCAAAUUCGUUUGCACAUAUAUAUAUAUCCCUAUAUCCUCUCAACGUAACCACCUUAAUUGAAAAUCCUCGACUGGGCACUUGAAAAACUUGACAUAUCUGAAA